GGUCUAUCGGGAUUUGAUCUAACCAGCGUUUUCCUCCACUUCUUUAAUUCCUCAGAAUUUUCAUCGUUGGCAGAUCUAAAUGACAAACUGCAGCAAUUUGAGAAUGCAACGGGGGCUCUUUAUGUGAAAUUAAAUUCAAAGCGCUUUCCCGAAGGCCACCCACAGAGAGACUCGAUGGUCUAUAGCAACAUAAAGUAUGUUUGCUAUCACUAUGGUAGUCGCGUGAGCUCCGCAACAAAGCGGAAAAACCAAAGCCUUCUCGACGACAGAACUUCCAAACUAGGGUGUAGCUCGCAUAUUUGUAUCAGUUAUUCGAAUAGUCGUCUGCGCAUCGUCAACUAUGAUAUGCAUCAUAAUCACCCUGUUACAUUUGAGUCAUCUCGACUCUAUCCUCGCAAUCGUCGCUUGGAUAAACAUGAACAGGAUGCAGUAAAUGAGUUGCUUCGCCUACCUUACGACAACAGUUCUGUUCUGGAUAUAAUCAAAAAACAAUUUGGGAAGGUUUGCACGAAAACUGACUUGAAGAAUAUGCGUAGUCGGUUGAAAAGAAUGGCGGAUGUUAACCAAGUAACUUUUACGAACGACGAGAAACCUUUGAUCGAUCGGGCGGAGCAACUAAAUGCUACUCUUCAAGAGAUUAGAGCUGUGGCAGAAGCCUCCAACGAUGAGCUGUUCAUGCAAAAUAUUUCAACACUUAAGUACAUUAUUGCUAUUUGGAAGAGGGGAAAGGCUGCUACAGUUUCAGAAGAGGGAGAAUGUCUUGCUCGAAAUUCUUAUCAAGCCAUCUUCCCUGACGAUGGGACCUCCGAAAUUCUUACUGAAUACGACUCUCCUCACCCUUAUUUGACACCCGCUGAUACACAGUAA